AGUGUAGUCAUCUAUAUGACUCUAGUGACAGUGACAUUUACCAGAUUUACUUACCUGGAUUCUGAUUAACUGAACAUGCGCGAAUUUUGCAAAAGCAAUAACAAAAUGCACUACCAAAAUCAAAAAUUCAAAAAAUGAAAUGGCCCAACUAUUAGACGAAUUUCAAAGAAGUUGGGUAACCUCUGUGAUAGGAAUUUCCUUAUUUUUCUUUGGCGUUUGGUUACUAACGUGGAAUGAGGGUAGAGCUGUUCAUCAUGCCCAUUCUCUGGAUGAAACUUACAAUAAUGCCAUCAUUUUGAGUCCUUAUGACCAACUCGAUAACAACAAUGAUGGAAAAGUGGUGCACAUUAGUGGUAACCUAAAGAUUGAUGAACCAUUAACAGAGUUCGAUUAUGGAAUAUCCAUACAAGCUGUAAAACUGAAAAGACGGGUACAGAUGUAUCAAUGGGUAGAGGAAAGAACUCCAAGGGAUGAUGAUGAAACAAUUGGAGGGGCACAGUAUUCUAUCAAUGAUUAUUAUUAUAUAACAGAAUGGAGAGAUAGACUGGUUGACAGUUCCAGUUUUUAUGUGAGACAUGGACAUGAAAACCCCAGAGAUAUUCCAUUGAAAACAAUCACAUAUUUGGCUUCUGAUGUGAGAUUAGGACAGCUACAAGUUGGAAAUGAUAUCAUAGAAAAGUUCAAUGAUUUUAUAGAAGUAACAAGUGAUGAAAGACCUGAACGGAGGGAUGUCAAAUUACAUAUGGGAAUCUAUUACCACUGCGAUGACAUAUGGAAUCCACAAGUAGGAGAUAUAAGAGUGCAAUUUUAUUAUGCUGGGGCAUCUGGAGAAGCGGUUACCAUCAUUGCUAAACAAGAGAAUGGGGUUCUGGUACCGUACGAAUCAUCAAAAGGUCACAAAAUAGCUCUGCUGAGACACGGAAACCUUAACAUUAAUCAGAUGUUCUCAGCUGAACAUUUUGAUGCUCGUCUGGAAACAUGGAAAUUGAGAGGUCUGGGAGUUUUUAUUUUAUAUGCUUCAGCUGUGUGUCUAGCCAAGCUUCUACGAAUAUUAUUUUUUCAGAUGCCAGUUUUGGACUGUUUCAUUACUGGAGACCCUAUGUCACUUGGAAACGUCUUAUUGGCAAUAUCAGUCUCACUAGUCGUAAUUGCCACUGCAUGGAUUCUUUAUAGGCCAAUGCUAGGGGCUGGCUUACUACUUGCUGCUGUCAGUCCACUUUUGUAUACGGUGGGUGUGUAUGAUGUUGUACAUAAUGGACAUAUUAAUUGAAUCUAUUGUUCAUUUAGACAGAAAAUAAUAAACAUUAUUGCUUAA